AAGCCCGUCCGCCAGCCAAGUUGUGGGCGUUCGUCAAGGGAACCGGAGUGUUGAUAGCAGCGUCGCGUCUCCCUGCUUCUUAAUAUCACCCCCUCCGUAACGGCUCAGAGGUAGCUCGCUGCCCAGUCCAGCCAGGUGAAGAGUCAUGCCUGUGCGCUGGAAGGGACUGAGUGAAUACAAGAGAAGUUUCAAAUGGAGGAAGCCAGAUAAAUCUAAGCCUUGUAGCCCUAUACUUGAGGAAAAGUGCCAAUGGGCUGGACUUCGGUCAGAUGAGUUUGGAAUCUCAAGAGAACCAAAGUUUCUUUCCAAAAGAAGAGUGCCUUAUCAUAAUACACAGGUUUCAAAAUCCUUUGAGUGGAAUGGGGGAAAUGAUUCGGAGAAAGAUACAGCAGAACCUGAACUUCACCUGUCACUGGAGUCGCAUAGCAGUGAGAGCAGAGAUGAUACAACUCAGGAAAAAAUCAAAACACCUGAUGCACCCAGAAUUCCUGAAAAAUUGCAUUCCAGUUCUCCUGGUUCUAGAUCUGAAUUAGCAGUAGCUCUUGCAAAAAGCAAGAGGUCACCACCCAUAACUCCAGUGAAAGAAAAAAGGACAAUAACACCUACCGAAAAAGACUUAGAAAAAAUAAAUAAAGGGCUCAAAAGAGUUCUGCAGAGGAAAGCAGGUAUGGAUAUUCCAAGGUCAUGUAGCUUCCCCAGAAGUUCUGAGUAUCAGCGGCAGUUUGUUUGGAAAACUCCACAAAAGUUGUCUCCAGUACUUGCAGCAGACAAGUUUAUUCACAGUACAAGUCCUUCCAUUCCUCCAUUUAAAUCUCCUGUCAUUAUCCCUGAAACUGAAUAUGAAAGGAGUUUUAAAGCUUCAUCACCUGCAAAAGAAGAGAAGCAGCAAAACUCCUUGGAAGAGAGGGAACGUCCUGCCGCUGAACCUGUAGAAGCCUCCUCUGGAGAAAAGUGUGAGAAGACAGAAGUAUUUUCAAAGGCUACAGAAGAUCCAUCAAAGCAAAGCAAAUCGGAAAAAAAGCAAAAACAGCCAAAGCAAAAACACAAGCCUCUCUGUUUACACAGAAGUUUUAGAAAAAUGAACACAGAAUACAGAUCAAAUUUCUUGUCUCCGGCAAAAUACUUGUAUAAAGAUGGAGCUUGGAUACGUAUCAAGAGAAAUAUGCCUGAUCAAGAGUCUCAAAACACUCUAAAUACCAUGUGGUAUAUGGAGGUGAAAGAACUUCGAGAAAAAGCAGAGGCAUACAGGCAAAGAGUGCGAGGAACUCAUUUCUCCAGAGAUCACUUGAAUCAGAUUUUAUCAGAGAACAACAAGCUUUGGGAUCUGUCCUCCAAUUCCAGUGUGGAAGAUGUCAUUAGCAACAAUGUCAGAGCUCUAGAUCUUGCAGGGGUUCCUGAGGAAAAGCUCUCUCCAGGUCCGAAAUUCAUGCCACAACCGGAAUUGUCUGCAGAGUUCCAGGAGAAUAGCACUGGGAAAUUAGGCAUGUCAGAUGCGGCCACUCUUCCAGUCAAGCGCCGUCUGGUUUGGGGCGAACCAGACAAUGGUGAACAACUGGAACACCAGACACCAGUGUUAGGAGGAGGAGGAAACGACGAAGAAAAAGAAAACAAGCAGGAAUCGGAAGACAUUAAAGAACCAGAUAAAAACUCAACCGGAAAUGAUCACCAGGGGGAAAAUGUAAAUUCUCCAAGUGCUAAUAGGGCAGACUGCUCUUCAGGCUCCUGUAGAGGAAGACUUACUACUCUAGAGCUAAAAGCACAUGGUGGAGCCCAAAGAACGCAUCUUGACCUGACAACACCAGCUACUGGAGGUGCAAUUUUAGUAUCUCCUUCAAAAGUGAGGUCUUCAUCUACUAUGCAAAUGAGAAAAGGAUCUCCAGAGAAGAUCUUGGCAAAUAGUCAGAUUUCAAGGGAAGAUAUAAAAAGAAAAUCUAACAUGGAUGGAAGUGAAGCUGUAACACCAAGUCAUUUCCCUGCUGCUGGGCUGAAAACUGUGGAUUCUUUGCCUUUGGGGAAAUACCCGUGGCCUAAGCAAAAGGUUUCUAGUGCAAGAGUCUCUUCAACUUUGUUGUGUCCUGAGCAGUCGCCUGUUGUCCCUGGUGUCAAAUCAGCUAGAGACCCUUUGUCGUAUUGGAGCCCAUCACGCCGCAUUCAAGGAACUCUCAGGGACCCAGAAUUUCAACAUAAUGGAAAUGUUGCAAGUUCCCGAAGGAGCUGGUUGCAGUUGCCACUUCAGGAAAGAAACUAUCACAAUGAAGAUGACGAUGACCGUUUGUCUCAGCUGUCUGCUCGAUCCGCUGCGUCUAGUUCUCUUGCAUCUCAGGUUCUAGAACGAGCUCAGAGGAGGAAAGAGAACUUCUGGGGCAAAAUGUGACACUGUACUGCUGUCUUUGUCAAGUAUUUUAUACAGGUUGAGGAUACUUUAGCUGAAAUGCUUGGGACCAGAAGUGUUUUGGAUUUGUUUUAUUGUAUUUCUUGUAUUUUAAAAUAUUAUAUACAUAAUGAGGUAUUGUGGAGAUGGGACCCAUGUCUAAAUACAAGAUUUCAUUUGUUUCAUAUACACUUUAUACACAAUAUUUCAAUAUUUUUUUCAUGAAACAAAGUUUGUAUAUAUAGAGCCAUUAAAAAAAAAAAGAUGCCAUGAAUGGCCAUCCAUAUGGACAAUUUUGGAUUUUGGAACAUUUUGGAUUUUUGGAUAAGGUAUGCUCAACCUGUGCUUAUUUUAAUACAAAUUUUGAAAAUGAUUCUCAAUUUUGCAAAGGAAUUUGAUUAUAAAAAGUUAGUCAUAUAGGAGUCCCUUUACAUUGGACAAACUGUGAUAGUGCCCAUACCAAUAGUUCUUGAAACUGAACUCUACCUCAAAAAGUUGCAAAAAGCCAUUUAAAAAAUAUUUUUACCUAUAACAAUUUUUCAUUCCAUAUUCAACAUGCAAGAUUCAACAUCACAGCCAAGUAAGAGAGCUAUCUUAACCAUCCUGCAAUGUCACUCUAUGCUAUCCUCUUAGUAAUUACUGAUCUGCUCCACUCAGGAUUUUCACUGGAGCCUUCUGCAUUCCUUAUGUUGGAAAAAUGAGUGUUUUCUUCUGGCCCAGUACAACCUUGGCACUUCCUCAGGUCUACCAAGUGAUUUAUUCACUGGCACUUCAUGGACGGACCUCAUUUUGUUUGACUACAGUUUGGUUGUUCAGCUUCUGAUAACAAUAGUGUUGAUGCAGAUCCCAUGGAUCUCUCUUUGAGGUGUUUUGAGUUUUCAUUAUGAAAAUACCAUGCUAUCUUUUGGGUUGCCCAGUCCUCUUCAUCUAUUAGUAUUACGAUAUCCAAGUUAAAUCUCAUUCCAUCAAACGACUGUCCCGGAUAUCUAAAGAAUUUUGGACGUGAAGCCUCUGAACCAUAUGUUUAAUCUUCCUUCUUAUUUCACAGAAUGAUAAACUCUUGGCAAUCUAAUUUGCUCUUUUUAAAGCUUUCUGUUUCUGUCUCAAUAUAAUUGUUGUGUUUUGUGCAUAUGAUCACUAUUAGGGUUCAUAAAAAUAUCACUAUUGAUAAGGUUUGUUUUAAAUCUUAUACAUAAGUAUUACUACCAUCAUCACACACAAAUUCCUUUUUAAGACUACGGAAAUUGAAAGGACUGGUGACAUCUUAAUGUUCAAAUGUGUUUGCAUUUUUGCAUGAGGGAUGUCUAGGAACUUAUUAUUUCCCCCCACUGAUUAUCCACAGCAUUUCAUUAAGUAAGUGCAGUUUGUAUGGAGUGAUGGAAUUUUUAUUAAUUGUUUUAAAAAAGAGAUGUAUAAAAUUUAGUUUUGUAUUUGUGUUUCAAUAAAAAAAAUGAGUUGUA